AUGGCCUCGACAUCGUUCAGAAUCGUCCCCAGGGAUCCCACCUGCUCUUUCUGCAACGGGACGGACGCCGUCAACCCCCAGGGCCGCCAGGAGCGCAUGAUCACCUGCUCCAGUUGCGGGCGGAGCGGGCAUCCCAGCUGCCUCGGCAUGGCGACCUCCACGCUGGUCAAGAAGGUCAUGAUGUAUGACUGGCACUGUCAAGACUGCAAGACGUGCGAAGAGUGUCGUACUGAGGGCGAUGUCGCACAGCUGUUAUUCUGCGACUCCUGUGAUCGUGGGUACCAUGGAUACUGUCUGAAUCCACCGCUGGCGCAACCUCCCAAUGCUUUAUGGCAUUGCCCCAAAUGCUCGUCUCCCCCCAUCCCCACAGCCCCUCCCCGGUCCCACAAAAAGAAGAUGCCGAACCCGUCCAAAGCUGGGGCAGGGCGGCCAACACCAAUAUCUACACCCUCCGCCCCACGUCCCAGGGGCCGGCCUCCGAAACAGAAGAAGCCCCUCACAGAUGAUCAGGCGGUGUUUGCAGAUAGUCGGAUCAAGGUCAAGAUCCCGAACCCGAAUCAUCGAGCACCGACUGAAGACCGCGCGACACCCAUGAUCGUUCGCCUUCGAGUACCAUCUGCCAAACGGCUGGUGGAGGAAGAGACGGAGGAAGAAAAGGUGCCUUAUGGAGGGAUUAUCACGGGCGAGGACGCCGAUACGUCGAGAACAAAGCCUCAGGCGGACGACAAAGAGAGAUAUGAGAAGGCGAGGAAGGAAGCCGAGUUCAAGAUGGGCGGGCCAAUGCCACAGCGGGGCAACUCUGUCGUUCCCGGGUCACCUAUGGCAACGCCUCCUCCAGCCACGGGUGGCAAGUUCACCCCUGCCAAAGCUCCUCCCGCUCGUCCACUCCGCGACAGACUCCUCCAACAAUCCCUCCCCGACGCUUUCCCCUUCCCCCCAACCCCAGGUCCUUCUACCCCGGGACCUCCGACAGCAAGUCCAUGGACGGGGGGUACGAAUCUGGACAAGAUCAAGACAAUCCGGUUCGGGACGUUUGACAUUGAUACUUGGUACUCGGCGCCGUAUCCGGAAGAGUAUGCGUAUGUGCCGGAUGGGAGGUUGUGGUUGUGCGAGUUUUGUUUAAAGUAUAUGAAAAGCGGGUUUGCGUCUACACGGCAUCGGCUCAAAUGUAAAGCUCGACAUCCCCCAGGCGACGAAAUCUAUCGAUCCUCAAACAUCUCCGUCUUCGAAGUCGACGGUCGCAAAAACAAGAUAUACUGCCAAAACCUCUGCCUCCUCGCCAAAAUGUUUCUCGAUCACAAAACCCUGUACUACGACGUUGAGCCUUUCCUCUUCUAUGUGAUGACAGAAGUGGAUGAGCUGGGAGCGCGGUUUGUGGGGUAUUUUUCAAAGGAGAAGAGGAGCAGGGAUAAUAAUGUUAGUUGUAUCAUGACGUUGCCAGUGAGGCAAAGGAAGGGUUGGGGGCAGCUCUUGAUUGAUUUCAGCUACUCGCUGUCAAAGAAGGAAGGACGCGUGGGCUCUCCAGAGAAACCUCUUUCAGGCCUUGGCGCCGUAUCGUACAAGUCAUACUGGCGCAUAUCCGUGUUCAAAUACCUCGCUAAAACGUCUGAUCCCGCCAAGCUGACUCUCAAAGAGAUAAGCAAAGGCACGAGCAUGACCAUCGAGGACAUUUACACCAUCCUCCUCUCCGAGAACAUGAUCAACAUCCUCGAUUCUGCUCCUCUUCCCACGCCCCUCCUAUCUUCCUCAGCUCGACGCGGCAGAGGAAGACCACCCGUACGGCGCAAGGGUGAUCCCGCUGCUUCAGUCGAGCCCGAAGACGGUCACGGCCAUACAGAAGAAAUCGUCAAGAUUCCGAAAAAGUACGAGAUACUCGUGGACAUGCCGUAUAUCCAGGAAGUACUGGAGAGGCAGGAGAAAAAGGGGCACUUGAAGCUGGAGCCGGAGAGGUUGAAGUACCAUCCGUUUAUUGUGGCGAGGCAGUCGGAGAAGGGGGAUGAUGGGGAGGGUGAGGAUGAAGAAGAGGAGCAAGAGGGAGAGGAGAUUGAAGAUGCUAUUGUACGGUUUGCUCCUCGGCUUGUGCCGCCCCCACCUGUCAUCCGUGUCGCUCCUAUGACUCCUCAUCACCGGUCUCACGCUCGCCAAGCCUUCCCCGACACCCCUACCGUUCAAACUCUUUUGGUGGCCCCGCCGACAAGGUCAUUGCGGAAAAGAAAGAGCGAUGUGGCCGAGACGCCGCAGAGGGCUCUGAGGAGCCGGGAUUCCAAGACAUUGGUGGCGGAGAUGCUUGGGGAUCAGAGUGGGAAGGGUGUCGAGCGGAUGGGUGUGCCGAAUGGGAUGGGGGCGGAUGGGCAGGAGGCGAUGGAUGUGGACGAGUUGCCGUUGGCGGGUGGGAACGAUAUUCCCAUCGACCCGGCUCUCCUCUUCGACGAUGACACGCCCCAAGGCGCGCAGUUCUCGGCCCCCCACGACCCUUCGGCCCUCGCAUUCCCUCAAGUCAAUUAUCCCACACACAACUCGGAGUUUGGAGCUGGCGCUGGUGGGAUGUAUCAGAGUGAGGUGUAUGGGUAUGAUGAGGAUGCGGAGGGGGAGGACGAGGAUGCGGAGGGUGAAGAAUGGGUGGGGGAGGAUGAAGAUGCGGAGGGAGAGGAGUGGGAUGAGGAUUAUGAGGCGUAG